AUGGCAAUGCCAACCACGGAAAUCUGGAAAGAAAUCGCUCACGAAUUUUGGAAUACAUGGAAUUUCCCUAACUGUAUUGGCGCCAUAGACGGAAAACACAUCGUUAUCCAAGCACCUCCAAAAAGUGGAUCACAAUUUUUCAAUUAUAAGAAAACGUUCUCGGUGGUGUUGCUAGCAUUAGUUGAUGCACAGUAUAAUUUCAUAGCUGUUGAUAUUGGAUCAUAUGACAAGAACAGCGAUGGGGGAAUAUUGGCACAUUCAAAAUUUGGAAAGGCAUUGGAUGAAGGAAAAUUAAAUAUACCAGACGAUACUGAACUGCCUGGGACCACUAAUAAGGCACCGUACGUGAUUGUGGGGGAUGAAGCUUUUCCGUUGAAAAGAAAUCUUUUAAGACCUUUCCCUGGUAAGCAGUUAGAUGAUGACGUAAAAAGAAUAUUUAACUAUCGACUGUCUCGAGCCAGACGUUGCUCUGAAAAUGUCUUUGGAAUAUUGGUUCAAAAGUUCAGAAUUUAUAAUAGACGGAUACAAUCAAAACUCGAAAACGUUGAUAAAAUAGUUUUAGCAACAUGUGUUUUGCAUAAUUUUAUUAAAAAACACGAAAACACCGUCUCUACUUAUAAACAUUCAACUGAAAUAAAUAAUAUUUCUACCACCACUCAAGUUUCAACACUAGAAAAUAUGCCAGCUCAAGGUGGAAAUGCAACGCAACAAGCUUUUGCAGUCAGAGAAAUAUACAAAACAUUUUUUAGCUCUUCUGCUGGUUCAGUUUCAUGGCAAAAUUUGAAAAUUUGA